AUGGAGGCGGCCACAGCUCUGGAGGUGGCCUCGGGAUCCACACCUAAGGUGAAAGAAGCCAGCCUAGCCGAGAUGCUGACGGAGCCCAGGCUUCACCUCGGCGGGGGGCCGUCAGCCCCAUUCCCCAGCUCCUGCCCCCCACAGAAGGUGAUCCAUGGGGAUGGGGAAGCCGUGGGUCCUCCACCUACCCCAACAUCUCCACUGGCUCCCACGGGAAACCCUAGCCUCUUUGAGCCUGAGCUCCACGGAAGCAGAGACCAUCCGGAAGAAGAAUUUGGCUCCCUGUCUGUGGUCUCUCCCCUGGCCACAGCCCCCAAGUGCGGCCUGAAGGGCCCUGAUCUUGUGUGUGGCCUCAGGGCCACCAGCACCCAGCGACUCAACCCACCGGCAUCCCAGAGAGCACCCCAAGAUCUGGGCCCUGAUCAUCAGGCCCUGAGGCAGACCUACAUCCGGAAGGUUGGAGACACUCUGAAUCUACUAAUCCCGUUCCAGGGCAAACCCCAACCUCAAGCCAUCUGCACGCAUGACGGCUGCGCCUUGGACGCCAGUCAUGUGAGCAUGUGGAAUGGGGAGCGGGACUCCAUCCUCUUCAUCCGAGAGGCCCAGCGUGCUGACUCGGGUCACUACCAGCUCCGUGUGCAGCUGAGCGGGCUGGAGGCCACCGCCACCAUUGACACCCUGGUGAUCGCUGUGGCUCACGGCGCUGGAGCGCUAUCACCGCGCCAGCUGCACAGUCUCCAACCUCAUUGUCGGCAACUCCUAUACUGCACUACAGUCAUUGGCUGUGACACCCAGCUCUUCUGCUGCGUCCAUGCCUCCCCCAAGCCAAAGACCAUCUGGCUAAAGAACAAGAUGGAUAUCCAAGGCAACCCCAAGUACAGAGCCCUCACUCACCUGGGAAUCUGCUCCCUAGAAAUCCACAAGCCUGGCCCCUUUGACGGGGGCAUCUACACCUGCAAGGCCGUUAACUCCCUGGGGGAGGCGUCAGUGGACUGUCGGGUGGAUGUGAAAGUGCUGGUUAAUUGA